CACCAAGUUUCAGCGAACCACUGGUGUGAAGGUCUACUGAUGGCGUCUAGAAAGAGUGGUGAUGUGCACGUCACUGGAGACGUGAUGGCUGUUUGCUCUCAGCACGGAGAGAAAUCGACAUCGUCGUCAAUGUCCAUCAGCACCACAGAGCCCAUUGAAACUAUAGACAUAACAAGUGAGUGUUUUUUUACGUCUGUAAUUGAUUCAGAUGUCAAUGAAAAUACUAAAAACACACCAACAACUUCGGGCAGAUUUCCUAAGUAUGUGGAUUGUUAUGAAACAUUGGCGAAACUGUCACUUAUUAAAUGGAUAGCUGGUUUUCGGCUGGAAUGCCGUAAGAUUUCAUGCCAAAUUAAUACAGAACUUUAUUUUGGGUUAUUAAAUUUGUUUUGUCAGAAUAUAGCACAAGAAAUGUUUGAUUGCAGAAAUGAAAUUAAUAAAUCAGCUCUUAUGAAAUCUUAUCUAAAACAAACUAUGAUGUUUUUUCGAGGAUACUAUAAAACCAUAAAAAAAGAUAAAGGAGAUACUUUGGAUGUUAUAUAUUAUGACAGUAUGAGUUCAAUGUUGGCCUAUUACAUAGAAUUGAAACUAAUGUCAAAUCAACGUUAUACAGAAAACCCAACUCGCAUAAAAACUUCAAAUAAAAUAAAUACAAUGUUAUUUGUUUUUUUAGAUCAGAAAAUUGAUUACAUGUUUGAUUUGGUAUUUAAAUUAUACUAUUUAUUUGAUAGUGAAGUUAUUACUAAUUUAGAAUCAAUAAUGGUUCCAGUUUGUAUAAAGUUACUAUCUGAACAUCCAGUGCCUAAAAAAAUGAAUUUUCUAACUUACAUGAGAUAUAUUUUAUGUUUUAAAUUCUGGCAAAAAAUAAUUCACUCAUCUGGUAUGCAUAAUUCUGUUAAGAAAAAAGAACUGGACAUUUUAACAUUAUUUUUAAAUAAGUUGAAUGUUCCAAAUGAUUUUAUGAGUCAAUAUGAGAAAUAUAAUUGGCCUAACUGGCCUAAAUUGAGAAUGUGUUCAAAUGAAAAGCAAUAUUUAAUACAGAGAGGCAUAAAAAAUGUUAGUUCUGUUUUAUAUGAUGCAAAUUUAUCACUCAAGAAGUGUUACAAGGAUAUAUCGGAUGCUGCUCCAAUAAAAGAUAUUCCAAUACUAUUGAAACCAAUUAUAGAACAGUGUAAAAUUUUACGACCAGAUUUAUUUGCGAUUUCGAGAAAAGAACUUUUGAGAAAUUGGAAUGAUUAUUUUGAUGACACUCUAAAAUCACUUACACCUUCCUGUAAUAGCUUGAUAGGAAAAAUCAAGUAUAAUUUAGUUCCAAUCAAUGAUGAUUUAAGCAAGUUAAAGCACGUUGGAGAAGGUUCUGAAAAUCAUUUUCUCCCAAAUAUAGACAAUUUCUCACAUUCUGAUAAAAUAUCUAUAGAAAAAACUAAUCUUAUAAAUUCAUCAACUAAUAAAAUAAUUGAUGAAAGCAAUAAUGAUACAAGUAAUGAAAAUGAAAAAUCUUCUGGUGAUGCUUUAGAAACAUUAAUGGCUACUCUUGAAUUAUUCCCGGCUAAUGAAAAAACACAAUCAAGUGAAGAUGAAAUGCAAGUGAAUGUGAAAAAAUCAAAAUUAUCUGAAAAACAUGAUAGGGGUGAUGGCAGAUUUGAUCCUACACUAUCUAAUAAUCCAAGUAGAUUGAAUUACAUUUCUGAAAUUAUAAGUACUUCUCAUCCUCCUGAAUGUUCAAAUUCUAAAGGAUCAAAAAGAAAUCAAAGUUCACUAUUUGGUGAUAAUAGCGAAAAUAAUAAAAUUUGCAGAACAAUGUCCAUGCAUGAAAAAAGUUUAUUGAACUGCGACCCAAAUCAAAUCAUUGAUUCUAAUUGCCACAACUCAAAUAUUGAGAAUAUUAGUUGUGUCACUUUAAAUGAUGAUAACUCUGUACUUGAAAAUCCAAAGAACUCUCAUAACAUAAAUGGAGUUUCGUGUCUAACAAACGAACCUUCAGUCAAAGAAAACAAAUGUCUGACAAAAUCAUCACACCCUAAAUUAUCGAUAACAGCGGUCUUAAAUUUGAAACACACGCAGAGUAAUUUUACUGUCAGCAACAAAGACGAAAUUGUAGAAAGUUCUACUAAAAUGAUUGAUUCAAGUAUCGAUCAGGAUGGUACUGCUACUACUUCUAGUGACAUUCAGUGGCCUAUAAAGUUGUCUCAAUCUGAUCCAUCUUCUCAGGGUUUUAAAAGAAAUUCAAAUGUUUUGUAUAAUGAUGGAUUAAAUCAAAAAUUGUCACUAAAUGAAACUGGUUUGUCAAGAAUAAACAAGAGUAUUUUAAUCCAGCCGAACCAACAGUUCCAAGACUUAUCUAAUUUCAUUGCACCAGAUAAUCUUUCACCUACCAAUCAAUCUGGAUCUGAAUCCAUUGAUGAAAAAACACAAAUUCAAUCCCGAGCAGUUCUCAGUUUUGAAAGUAUUUCUAGGAUAGAACCAACUGAGCAUUUUGAAAUGUAUAGAAAUACUAAAAUACCAAGUCAAAGUAUAGAAUUACUAAGCUUUGCUGAAUUACUAGCAGCAUACAAAUUAUUAAUUGGUGGUAAGUUAUUGUUAUGCAUUUAUCCAAAAUGUACCAAUAGCCAUCAUUACCAUGUUUUACUUUCCAAAGCAGAAAUUCUACGUCAUCAUUUCACUGUACAAUUUGAUUACAUUCGUUACCAUAUUCAGUGUAAGUAUAAAGAGUUAUUAAUUUUGAACACGAGAAAAUCAUGGUCCAAUAUACCUGUAUUAAGUCAGUUGACUGGACGGUGCCUUUGUAAAGAUUGUAGUGAAUUUGAUUCUAAUGUAAACCUAAAUCAAAAAACAUUGUAUGAAUAUUAUAUUAAAGGAAAAAAUCCAAGUAUUGAAGAAAAUAGUUGUGAAAAUAAACAACUAACCAAUAGAAAAGUAUCGUUGAAUUGGAAAAAACAUUUGGCAAGGCGUUUUAUUACAGAUAAUUAUCUAGAAAAUCAUUCUAUUUCUCAGAUGACAGACCAUAUGGAAACUCAUAAAAAACAUUUUGAAUAUGCUACACAAUUAUUCCAACAAAUUUCAUGACAAGACGGAGGACAGGGGUAGAUCGUUCGCAUCGCGGUCGUCACAUAUUUUUCUGUAAACACGAAAACCUGCGUCCGUAUAUUUAGCUA